AUGGAUCUUGGCGACGAAGGAAGCUCGCCGUGGGGAGAUGUGCCCUCGCGAUCCAGCCCCUCGCACACGGUUCCCAAGAUAGCUCAAGAGGAGAGCCUCGAGUCCGAAUCGCUAUCUCCCCCUAAAGCAUCUGCUAGCACCGUCCCGAACGUCUCCGCCGCGCCGCGCUCCCCAGCAGGUCGAGGACCUCGUAGAAGACAAUAUGGCGCGCAGGCGACGAAACUUGAAGCCGUAGAUGAUCCCUUAGGACCUCUAGGAGCCCCUACGCCGCCCUCAGGCCCAGAGGCACCUCCGGCGCCGCCGCAGAAAGAGCUCGCCCGCGAACGCAGUCCUCGCCCCACGCCUGGAACAUCCACGUCGUCGCUUCCGGGCAUGAUGGAUUCGGUGAACCUGGACGAUGACGACGACGGCAAGCCCGUGACGCGAGGUCCCAGAGUGCCCCCUCCAGUGCAGCCACCGAGCGCUGCCGCGCCUCAGCGACAGACGCAACCGAGCGUGAGCGUGGAGCGGGCGGCAAAGCCCACCUUCACCAUCUAUGUCGGAGAUCCGCACAAGGUCGGAGACAUGACGAGCUCACAUACGGAGUACUCGGUCAUGACAAAGACCACAUCGAAAGGCUACCGCAACCCCGAGUUUACUGUCUCCCGCCGCUACCGUGAUUUCCUCUGGCUGUACACCCAGAUGCACAACAAUAAUCCCGGAAUAAUCAUACCCCCGCCACCCGAGAAGCAAGCCGUGGGUCGUUUCGAUGCAGACUUCAUCGAGUCGAGGCGGUCCGCCCUAGAGCGAAUGCUAAACAAGAUUGCUGCGCAUUCGGUCUUGCAGCAUGACAGCGACCUGAAGCUGUUCCUUGAGAGUGAAGCCUUCAAUGUCGACAUCAAGAAUAAGGAGCGGAAAGAUCCCGGCCUGGGUGAGAGCAAGGGUAUGUUCGGUUCCAUGCUCUCUGGAAGUAGUGGAAAGUUCGUUGAGCACGACGAUUGGUUCCAUGACCGAAAGAUCUACCUUGACGCGCUCGAAAACCAACUUAAGGGCCUGCUUAAAGCCACCGACACUGUCGUAGCUCAGCGCAAGGGCCUUGCGGAAGCGUGCGGCGACUUUUCUGCUUCGCUACAUGCACUUUCGAUCGUUGAACUAUCCCCGUCUCUCUCCGGUCCGCUCGACAGCUUAUCUGAUAUCCAAAUCCGAAUAAGGGAACUUUACGAGCGCCAAGCGCAGCAGGAUGUGCUAACCCUAGGUAUUGUCAUCGACGAGUACAUCCGUCUUAUUGGAUCAGUGAAAACCGCAUUCCAGCAGCGACAGAAGGCCUAUCAUUCAUGGCAUGCCGCCGAGUCUGAACUUCAAAAGCGCAAGGCAACCCAGGACAAGCUCCUUAGGCAGGGCCGGUCACAGCAGGAUCGCCUCAAUCAACUCAGCGCGGAUGUUGCCGAUGCCGAACGUAGGGUGCAUCAAGCAAGACUAUUGUUUGAAGACAUGGGUCGGUUAAUGAGGGGUGAGCUGGAACGGUUUGAGAGGGAAAAGGUUGAAGAUUUCAAAUCAGGGGUAGAGACGUUUCUGGAGAGCGCCGUGGAGGCACAGAAGGAGCUCAUCGAGAUAUGGGAGACAUUCCUCAUGCAACUCGAUACCGAAGAAGGGGAAGCGUUUAUUCCGCCAGCCGGCAUCGUCGCUUCGCCUGCCAUCGAACGACCAACAUCGUCCAGCGAUCAACCAGGGACCCAAGAAUCGGAGACCUCAGACGCAAGAGCAGCAGCGGAGGCGACUCGGGAGUUCGAGGAGUGA